AUGCCUCCCAAGCUGGAUUUAGGUCCAGAGCGCGCCAUUGCCUCUGAGGUCGGCGCGCGGGACACCGCGUCGCUCGUCAAACGCUUUAGCGAGGCGCCAAUCUCCCAAACUGGCCCGCUCGUUGACAACACAGCUCAUUCCAUCGUCAUUGCGGCUCUGGCCAGACCAGAAGAGGUAGAGUCCAUUGUAGACUUUGCAAUCGAAUUAGUGCCGAAACUCCAGGAAGUCAAAGAAGCCUACCCUUCCCUCGCAAGGGAUCGGACUUUUUUGUCCGCUCCACGCCCUUCUGUCCGAGGAGCUGGUGAAGCAUUGCGAGCUGCAUUGACUUGUGAGCUCCAUACCGCUAUCUUGCGAGCGUCUCAGCUGGAGUCGACUCCGCAGGAAGAGGAGCAAGACCGAGCGGGCCUGCCACGCGCAUAUUGGUACAACAUUGUCAGCCACGCUCUGCUGGCUUCGCGGUUAUUCGCCAAAGGUGACGCUAUCUGGAAAGAGGGCCUGUGGCCGUUGAUUCAAGACGCUCUACAGCGCUCCUUGUUCUCGCACGGCGCCACGACGUACGGCUCGGUAGCUGUCAACGCCGUCUUGUUCCACGGAGCAGGUGCAAGCUUAAAGGCCUAUUUGGCCCCGCAAGGUCAGCGCACCGGUCUGGGAGACAAGUUUGUCUGGUACGAUGGCGAGGCGAAGGACCAAAACGCGGAAUGGGGCUGGGAAGACGUGCGAGUGCGCUUGACUGCCGGUGCGAGCGCAGCAGAUCGUUCUGCUGCCUCGGACGACAAGACCGGUAUUUUCCAGCACAUUCUGCAGGUGUACGACGCCACCGCCUCGCGCUUCCUAGACAAUGCACCGCCAGAAUCGAUCGAGGAUGCCGAUGCAAAAACAAUCUACAGCUCGUGGGCUUGGCUGCCACAAGCGCAGAACAGCUCCGAAGAAGGCUUUGGCAAAUUCUCCAACCCUGUAGACGUGGCCGAGUCGACUCGAGCUCUUGCCGAACUGUCACGUCGCGUGCAGCAGCUCUCCGAAGUCGUACAAUCUUGCGAGUCUCGAAGAUGGCAAGGUGGUGUUGGCGAUGCCAAGGCCUUACACGGGAUUGCUGAGGAGGUGGAGCGUCUGGAAGAGAAAUUGAAAGGGGCUUGGCAAUAA